AUGCCUUAUUCUAAUAUAGAUGAUCUUUCAGAAAGAUUAUUAGUCAGGUCGCAAGAGGCAAUACUUCAAUUGGAUUUGUGGAUUCAAAGACAACAACAAUGGGCAGAAAGUGAUGAUAAUCACGAUGAAAAUGAUUUGGAAAAAGUUACAGAUACUUAUAAUUUAUACAUGUCUCAAUUGAAUUCGUUGUAUAUUAGAUCACAAAACGUUAGAGAUAAGCUAAAUACUAAAAAAAAAUCAAGAACUAAUACUAUAAAGUAUGUAUCACCCUCAAAAGUUAAUAUGAAUGGGCAAAGUGAUAUCGAAGACCUUAUUUUUGAGUUCCAAGAUAUUACACGAAAAUUGAACGUUUUGGCUAGUUCAAGAAGAAGGUGCUCCUCAUCAAAAAGCUCAUCUUCGAGAUCUAGCUCGAUUGGUUCAUUUCAGCCAAAGCCAUUAAAAAUUUCGUUGAAAAGGAAUAAAUCAUUAAAAGAACAGAAUAAGAAAACUGUAACGUUUGAUGUUGAAGAAGUGACUGAUCUAAAUAUCAAUAGUGUAAUAUCUUUGCCAGGGUCCCCUCUUCGUAACGAACAAAGUAGUCCCCCAAUGAAUCAUCAUUUAAGGCAAGCCAAAUCAUAUGAUACUGGUUUGAAUUCGAAGAGAAGUAUUAAACCAAAAAAAUCAAAAAUUGAUUCAGUUUAUGAUUCAACAUUCAAGAAUACACAGCGUUUAUCAAUAUCACUAUUUGAUAUAGAUACAAACGAAAAUGAUAUAACAAAUAUUUCUGAUCAAGAAACAGUAAUAUCAUCGUCAUCUCUGACUAUGGACGAGCCUCUCGAAAUCAUUGAUGAUCAGAAAAACAAUUUAAAACCCUUAAGAAGAUACAAUUCUCAUGAAAGCAUAUUAUCCACCAAAAUUCGGCCAAUUAGCAUAUCAAAAAGAUUUCAAAUAGGACCUUUUCGUUCUGUAUCGACAACAACUACGUCAACGAAUUAUGAUACGACAGCCUCCAAUACAGACGUUAAGGCUGAUGAUUUCUAUAAGCCUAACCUAUCAAAUUCAACAACUUCAAAAGAUAUUUUAUCUAUGUACAGCAUUAAAAAUGAUGUUCAAAAUUCAAAUAGGGGAAACAUAAUUAAUAAUAAGAAAGAAUCAAAUAGUUCUACAUCUUUUUUUAACAAAUGGAAUAUAUUUAAUUUCCCUUUGAUUGCAAGUUCUGAGGUUGGGUCUAAACAAGAAAAUAAUACCACGGCAAAACAUUUUGGAUCACAAAGAAAAAAACAAAUAUCGUCAUUAAGUUAUAAUAAAGCCAAUUAUUCAACAAUGACUAUUGGACCUAAUGGCUCCAUGUUUUGUUCGCCUACAAUAUAUGAACCUACUUUUUCAAAUACCGUUUCAUUUCAAGAGCUCCAUGACGCCUUGAACACAGAAUUAGACUUAGCAUAA